UUCGAAUUCUGGAUCUGUCCAGACCCCCAAAUUCAGUCGCAGAAUUGUGGCCCACAAAAUAGAAAAUACCCAAAUCUGGUGGGCUUGGUUGAAAAAUAAAAGGCGAAACUGCAAAACGCCCUUAUUAAUUUCAGUCAGAAACUUCAAUGAAUUCAAGAAUUCACUCAUAAGCCCAAGUCUAGAAAAAGGCUUAGAAAGGGUAUUGUCCAAUCUCCAGUUCUCAACGAACCAGAAAUUAAUUACAUCCACCACUGAAAACGGCACUCAAAUUCCCAGAAAAUGGAGCAAAAGAAGAGCAUACCCUUCUACUGGGGCAACACACCAGAAGAAGAGUAUUACAUCCAACAAGGCAUCAAAUCAACCAAAUCCUACUACACCUCUCCCAGAGGCCUAAAACUAUUCACCAGAUCUUGGCAACCCCCUUCGUCCACUCCUCCGCGUGGCAUAAUCUGUAUGGUCCAUGGCUAUGGCAAUGACAUCAGCUGGACUUUUCAAGCCACGCCAAUCUUCCUGGCCCAGAACGGGUUUGCCUGUUUUGCCCUUGAUUUACAGGGCCAUGGCCUCUCCGAAGGCCUCAAGGCCUAUGUCCCCAAUGUUGACCUUGUUGUUGAUGACUGCAUCUCCUUCUUCAACUGUGUAUUAACCCAAGAUCCAACUUUGCAAAACCUUCCAAGAUUCUUGUACGGCGAGUCAAUGGGUGGGGCAAUUUGUUUACUAAUCCAUUUCAAGAAAUCUGAUUUCUUCAAGGGCGCAGUCUUGAUAGCCCCCAUGUGUAAAAUCAAUGAAAAAGUCAGGCCCAAGUGGCCUAUUCCAGAAAUCUUAACAGUUCUUGCAAGAUUUGCACCCACCUUGCCCAUUGUUCCAACUGCUGAUUUGCUGGACAAAUCUGUUAAAGUCCCGGAAAAGAAAAUUAUUGCUGUUAUGAAUCCCAUGAGAUAUCAAGGGAAACCAAGAUUAGGUACAGUUAUUGAACUCCUUCGUGUAACAGAUUAUGUUAGCAGAAAACUGAGUGAUGUUAGGCUUCCGUUUAUUGUUUUACAUGGGAAUGCAGACGUGGUUACUGAUCCAGGUGUGAGUAGGGAAUUGUAUGAAUUGUCCAAUAGUGAGGACAAAACCAUCAAGAUCUAUGAUGGAAUGUUGCAUUCUUUGUUGUUUGGGGAGACUGAUGAAAAUAUUGCAAUUGUUCGUGGCGAUAUAUUGAAGUGGUUGAAUGCUAGAUGCUGAAGAAAUAUUAUACUGAAAUUCAUAUUCAUUCAUUU